CACAUAUAUCCAACAUAAAUUAAUGGAAUAAAUUUCCAUAUAUGGUCAUGAUGACUGACAUUUCCUAGGCAAAUAAAAUGGUUAAAAAUAUAUCUUUUAUUUUAUUAGAGAAUAAAAGGUUUUAAUUUUCAUUAGAAGUUAAAUUUAUUAAUUAAAGAGGAGAAUCUAAUAUUUAUAAUGGUUAAAGUUAUUAUAUUAUAGGUAAUGAUCAUAUUAAUUAAAUAUGAGAUCUAUCAAUCCUAAUAUUUUUUUGUUAAAUAUAUUUUACAACAAAUAAGUAAAAACAAGUAUACAUACGAGUGGUACACCAACAAAAUCUCCUAUUCAUUGGUUCAUAGAGAAAGUCACCCUUCAUCCGUUAAGAGAAACGUGCACCACCCCAUGAAGAAUCAAAGACAUUACUAUAUAUUUACAGGGAACAAAACUUUACAAUUUCAUCAAUCGCUUUCAUCUCCCAUUGUCUUCGACAAGUUUCUACUCGAUCAACAUGGCGAUUCGUUCCCUUGCGCUCGCUACCUUUUGCCUCUUCUUGACCUUCCUUAGCUUUGUCGGUACCGUUGUUUCUUCGCAUCCCGCUAUCAUCAUAGAAGGGCGUGUGUAUUGCGAUACUUGUCGGGCCGGUUUUGAAACCACCGCAACCACAUACGUUGACGGUGCAAAAGUGAAACUACAAUGCAAAAAUUUUACAAGUGGUGAAGUCACUUAUACAAGUGAAGCGGUGACCGAUAAGUCGGGAACUUAUCAUGUCUCGGUGGACAACGAUCAUCAAGAAGAAACUUGUGGAAUGCAACUAGUCGAGAGUUCUCAAAGUGAUUGUUCAGAGAUCAACGAUGGGAGGAACUACGCUCCUGUCGUAGUUACUCACAAUGUGGGAAUCGCUUCGAAUGUUCGAUAUGCCAAUUCUUUGGGGUUCUUGAAGGAUCAACCACUUUCCAAUUGCGGCCAAAUACUUGUGCAGUAUGCUCUGGGAACGGAUGAAUGA